UGCCGGAGUUAUACUUCAAGCUCUGAUUCCUAUACGAGUUGGGGAAGCCCUGACAACGAAACAAUUCUCUGUGUACGGACUAUUCUAUAAAGUGACGUCUUAAAAAUCCCAGUUUACAUUGUUAUUUGUACAAGAUAAUUAUUUUCAGGUGUCUUGUCGGUGUUAUUCCUCAAGCUCUGAUACCCGUGGUGCUAACUUUGAACUUUAUUAUUUAAUGAGUAGGAAAUUAAAAGACCUGCGUUUUGGAUUCGGUCAACACCUUGAUCAUGUCUGUGAUAAUGGAUUUGUGGAUUUGUAUCGUGAGUUUUCUCAGUCUUUUUUAUGAAGCAAUUUUGUCAAAAUCCGAAGAAACAAAAGAAUUCUGCCACAAUGAAAGAAAGAUCAUUAAUACUGUCAUUGAUUGUGACGUCAGACACAUAACGGUUACCCUAGAGGGACAUCCUAAUCAUGCUGAAGAAUGCCAUUGGAAUCAAAGAAAAUUGAUGUGUACUGGUGGGAAUUAUGAAAACAACAGAAAAUCUCUGCAGUUCAGUUUCUCUUUUGAUUUUACACAACAUGCAGGAAAACAGUUGGUGAUACAUUCCAGGUGUAAUAAUGGAAGCCAUGUCAAUAAGUCUAUUAUAAUGAUACCAUGUCGCUCAGAAUUCACGGUUUCUGUCACCCACAACAAAGAACACAUGAGUCUGACCUGCCAACAUAAAUUCUUCAAUUUGUCAUCAGAAGGAAUCCAUAUAAAGAGGAAGGAAAAAGAUGGUUUCAUCGUCACCUGUACAUGGAAUACAGGAAUAUCAAAGACACAGUGUCAAACAAAAGAACAAGGACACGCCCACAAAAAUGGAAUAGCCAGUUAUAAAGCGAAGUAUCCUGGAGAGUACCAGUGUGUGAUGGGUGGACAAAUCAUUGACAUACCUUCCAAAGAGGUCCCCACAUUUAGAGGGAAUACAACAAAGGAACCAAACAGCUGGAGCAACACAGGAAACUUCUCAGGUGGUACAAGCAGCGGAUGUACUAGCCUUUCCCUUUCAAAACUAGUCUUUCUGAUAUCGCUGUUUAUUACGUAUUGUACCUUCAAUGUACACUAUUUCACAGAAUGUGGAUAUUUUCUUCUGCCAAUUUGAA